AUGUUUGGAAUGACUGGGCUUGCUUGGGAGCCACUACAGCGCCUCGAGACUUUCUCUGGAGCUAUGUCCAUUACCAAAGGAGAGUGGCAGGCUAAGAGAUCUGCAGUUCCGAUGGACAUCGAACUGGAUGGCUCUGGUCAGAACAUCCUGGACAAUGUGGGGUUCUGCAACAUGCUACAUCAAGUACUGCGUUUGGAGCCCGGUCAUCCAGAGGUCUACGAGAUCAACGAUUUCGCCGAUCGCAGCUUGCAGCCGCAGGAUGCAGAGAUGGUUGUGCACUACACGGACGGGAACGGCCGUGCCCGAGUGAAGGGUGGGGCAUCCCUGAAAGCAUCUCAAGCAUAUCCUGAUAUGUUCUUUGGCGUUGCCCCUUGA